UACUGAAUAGUGAGUAAAUCAUCUUCUCCCAAAUUUCAUCUCAUGGCUCAACAAUCCACUAAACGACCCUUGAAAAUCAUCGCCGGCGCCGAUUCCUUCGGCUGCAACCUCAAAGACGUCUUAGUCUCUCAACUCCGUGCUCUCAACAUCCAAGUCGAAGACCUCGGAACCGACAAAUACUACUCUGUCGGCGAAGAAAUCGGCCGCCGAGUUAGUCAAGCCGCUGAUGACCCCGCCGUUGAGACUCGAGGACUCGUCGCUUGUGGUACCGGCGUCGGAGUGGCCAUUUUCGCUAACAAGUUCCCCGGUGUCUAUGCUGCCACGUGUCUUAACCCGGACGAAGCCCGGAAUGCUCGUUCCAUCAAUAAUUGCAACGUUCUCGCUGUUUCCGGCAUGAAUACCACGCCGGAGGUAGCUUCCGACGUUCUGAAGACGUUUCUAGAAACACCGUUUAAGUCUCCUUGCCCCGCUUCUGGAUCUAACCCAUGGCCCGACGAAAUCGACCAAUUUUUAGAAAAUUCGGCUAAUGAAAUGAACAAAAUUGGUACUCCGAAACCAGUGGAAUCCUCUAGUGAUUGUCAUCUUUGUUCAUUGGUGAAGUCCAGAGAGUUCAAUGCUGUGGACAUAAUGCCCGGUGGUUCAAUUUCCAUAGUGAGGGAGAGUCCUACUUCAGCAUUUGUGCGGUUCACUGCAGGGAGCGUGGAGCCGGCGCAUCAUCAUACAUUCGGGCAUGAUCUUGUGGUGUUAAAAGGUAGUAAAAGGGUUUGGAAUUUGAGUAAAGGGGAGAAAUAUGAUUUGGGUAUUGGGGAUUACUUGUUUACACCAGCUGGGGAUGUGCAUAGAGUGAAGUAUUUUGAAGAUACAGAGUUCUUUAUCAAGUGGGAAGGACAGUGGGAUUUGUUCCUGGAUGAGGAUCAUGCUGCUGCCAAUGCUGCAAUUGAUAAGGAGAAGGAGAACUGAUUAAUCCCAGUGA